AUGAAGGCCGUUGUUACUAUUCUUCUCACCGCGGCAUUGGGCAGGGCCAUGCCACAGGCCGCUGAUGAAUCAAAGCUGCCCUGGGUGCCGCAGCCGACCGAGAAGUGCGUUGAGACGUUGCGCUCCAUGCUUGCCCUUGACACGCUGCGGGAAGUAGAACAGGAGUGCGGGACGGCCGAUGUCUGUCAAACGUUCGACUAUAACGUCAGCGGUUAUCUGGUGACUGAAAUCGUGAGAAAGUUCGGCUUUGACGAUGAGGCGGAGUGUCUCGCCGCGCACGAGGGACCGCCCGCAAGCCCUUGCCAUCAGGUUUUGGCUCGCCUCUAUGAACAUAGCUUUACAACUCCUCUCUCCCGCGAGGAGGUGGAUCAAGUGUGCGGAGAGGGUUACUUCUGCAAGUUCUUUAACCCAGAAUAUUACGAUGCAGAAGUCAUCGAAUUCUUUACCCGAGUCUAUUCCUAUAAGUCCGAGAAAGAGUGCCUUGACGCCCACGAUUCCAACCCGCCGACCGCCAACAAUGCUUUCAGCCUCAAGACGCGCUACACGACCAGCUGCGGCGGCAAAGUGAACAACGACGUGACCAUUUCCGAGGGCAGCAUCGGCCAGUGCAUCGACACGAGCUGCGACGUCGGCAGCCUCGAGAUUGCUGCCGCAGGCAACUGCCCGGACGGCCAAGUGAGCAUCAGCUACUGGCAGAACAAGGGAUGCUCUGGCGACUGGUACGGCUACGGCUACGGAAGCCGAGGGACCUGCCGCGGGCUGUGGUCCGAAGGCUGGAACUUCCAGUCGCUGAACGUGAGCUGCGCCAAGCAAGCCGACGACUGCGUGAGCAAGGGCCAGUGCAAGCCGGCCCCCUCACCACAGCAGGGCGUCUGCCGCGCGAAUGAUGACGUUGCCUUCCACGUUAAGACGCGCUAUAAGACGGACUGCACGGGCACCACACACGAUGACGUCGCCGUCGUCGGAGGCGCCGGCAGGUGCAUCAACACGGACUGCGCGGUUGGCAGCCUCGACAUCUCGGACGCAGGCAACUGCCCGGACGGCGAGAUCCGCAUCAGCUACUACGAGCAAGCCAACUGCGGCGACGACGGCGGACUCUGGUUCGGCUAUGGCUACGCGAGCAGGAACAUGUGCCGGACGCUGUGGUCGGGCGGCUGGAACUUCAAGUCGCUAUAUGUGAGCUGCGCCAAGGAGAGUGACGACUGCGUGACCAAGGGUCAGUGCUCGAUUGCUAGCGUACCUGAUACGCCUAUCUGCUAG